AGUAAACACCACCAACAAUGCCGGGACUUUCGGAUCCAGUUGCGUUCAUUAAGGACUUUGCCGCCGGUGGCAUCUCGGCCGCAAUCUCCAAAACGGCCGUCGCCCCGAUCGAGCGCGUCAAGCUGCUGCUACAGGUUCAGCACAUCUCGAAGCAGAUCGCCGAGGCCGACCGUUACAAGGGCAUGGUCGAUUGCUUCGUGCGCAUUCCACGCGAGCAGGGCUUCUCCGCCUUCUGGCGUGGUAAUCUCGCCAACGUCAUCCGUUACUUCCCGACCCAGGCACUUAACUUCGCCUUCAAGGACAAGUACAAGCAGGUGUUCCUCGGCGGUGUUGACAAGAACACCCAGUUUAUGCGCUACUUCGUCGGUAACCUGGCGUCCGGCGGUAUGGCCGGCGCUACCUCUCUGUGCUUCGUCUACCCGCUUGAUUUCGCCCGUACCCGUUUGGCUGCCGAUGUCGGCAAGGGUUCGGAAGCGCGUGAGUUCAAGGGUCUGGGCGAUUGUAUCUCGAAGAUCUUCAAGACUGACGGUCUGGUCGGUCUGUACCGAGGUUUCGGUGUAUCCGUCCAGGGUAUCAUCAUCUACCGUGCUGCCUACUUCGGCUUCUACGAUACUGCCCGUGGUAUGCUGCCGAACCCGAAGACUACACCAUUCUACGUUAGCUGGGCCAUCGCUCAGGUCGUGACGACCGUCGCCGGCAUUGUGUCCUAUCCCUUCGAUACCGUCCGUCGUCGCAUGAUGAUGCAGUCGGGUCGCGCCAAGUCCGAGAUGGUCUACAAGGGCACGCUCCACUGCUGGGCCACCAUCGCCAAGCAGGAGGGUAGCGGCGCCUUCUUCAAGGGUGCCUUCUCGAACGUGCUCCGUGGUACUGGCGGUGCAUUCGUGCUGGUGUUGUACGAUGAAAUUAAGAAGCUUCUGUAAAUCCUCUCCCUAC